AUGGCUACUGAAAUUAGUCGCGAAACUAGAAGCAGGUCGGAAGCAAGGAAGGAGUUUGAUAGUUAUGUUCAAUCAGAAGCUUUUGUAUCCUUACUUGAUGAUGCUAUAUCCAAGCAGUUUGAAAAGUUUUUCUCUUCUGAAGAUUUAAAAAAAAUGUUGGUGGCGACUACAACGUCUGUGGUUUCUACAGUUGUUAAAGAAUCUGUACACGCCUCUCUGGACGAAGUGAUUUGGGAAAAUGUUAUGCCUUUAAAGAAGCAAAUUGAAGGUUUAUCUGCACAGCUGAACGAAGUUAAAAUGUAUGCAAACGAGAAUGAACAGUAUUUCGAGGCGCUGCAAUAUUUGUAUUUUUGGACUUCCAGAGCUUGAAGAUGAAAACUGCUAUGAAGUCGUUACUGAAUUUUGCAAGACGAAGCUUGGCUAUAACCUUGAGCUAUGUGAAAUUAACAGGACACAUCGUGUGGGAAGACUAAGGCCUGGCAAACAACGAGCUAUUAUUGUCAAAUUCUGUUCUUAUCAAAGCAAGAUUAAAGUCAUGAAGUGCAAAAAAAAUCUCAAGGGAACUUCAAUAUAUGUCAAUGAAGAUCUGACUUUUUUUAAUAAAGAAUUGUUUAAUUAUGCACAUACUAAUCUGAAAGACCUUCCUGUCUGGUCAACGGAUGGAAAAGUUUUGAUAAAACAACAAAGUGGGUGUAUUGUUAGAGCUAAAACCAAAGAUGAUGUUAAUGGAUUAAGGGAUAAUUAA